AUAUCAUUCUACCCCGGUGGGUCUUGAUAAUCGAGUAGAAUGAUUAGUAUGGGUUACUUCCCUUCUCAAGAUGGUGAAAAUAUCCCUCCAGAUCAACGCCCAGUUGGAGAAUGUCACAGAGCUGCAGCCCGCUGAUCAAGAAGAUUUUGGAUGGUGUAUGAAGUUACAAUGUAUGAACUGUAAUGAAGAAACUCCAGACUUUGUGUUCUGUUGUUUGUCAGAAAGUAGUGAAGUUUCUGGAGGAAGAGGGUCGGCCAGUUUAGUUAUAAAGUGUAAAUUAUGUAAACGAGAAAACUCAAUAGAUAUCAUUAAAGAUUCUUUAUCAAGUUAUAUGUCAGAAGAUUCAGGAAAAUUUAAAACAAUCGUAACAUUUGAUUGUCGUGGAGUGCAGCCUAUAGAAUUUAAACCGAACGAUGGUUGGAAAGUAAAAGCUGAAGGAGAAAAAUCUAAUGCUACAUUUGAAUUGGAAUUGACAGAAAAUGAAUGGUACGAUUAUGAUGAAAAAGCCAGUGAAUCCGUCAGUGUCACAGAAUUUAAAUAUCAGUUUAAAUGAUUUAAUUGAUGACUUUUUAAAAUGAACAUUUUCAUAUUCAUCAAACUGUUCAAGUAACUUAUUUUCUUGGUGAAAAUGAUAAGGCCUCUUGAAUGUGGGCAUAAAUAAUUAAGCUUUAAAGCUAUAUUUCAUGGAUUGCAACCAUGGAUUGGAAAACAUAUAAAACCUGCCAGGAUAAAUACAUUUUGUUACCAAUAAUUCAUAUCUUGAGAUACUUCAAGAAAAACAUUUUUGUACACCCACAGGAGGUAUAUUGUCAUUGCCCCUUAUCUGAUUUUGAUGAAAACUUAAUAUGUAUGUUUAUAACCUGAAGAUUUCGGUUCUUAUCAAUAUUGGUGCAUAUCGGACCAUAACUUCCUUAAUUAUGGCUCCUGAUUGUCCGAAAAAUCGUGUUUUUAGCUUAUGGACCCACUACAGGUCACAAUUUUUAUCCAAUUUUGGUGAAACUUAAAAUGUUUGAUUAUAACCCAAAGAUCUCAGUUCCAUCCAAUAUUGGCGCAUAUCGGACUGUAACUUCCUGGAUUAUGGCCCCUGAUCAUACGAAAAAUCGUGUUUUUAGCUUAUGGUCCCUCUAGAGGUCACAGGCUGUCUGACAAAAUGGCCACUCUUCUUUAAGCAAUUAGUAUAAUAAGCAUGUAUUAUAAAGGUUGUGGAUCCCCUAGAGGUCUCAAUUUUUAUCCGAUUUUGAUGAAACUUAGCACAUAUGUUUGUAUCCCAAAGAUCUCGGUUCUUUUCAGUAUUGAUGCAUGUCAGACAUUAGCAUCCUGGAUUAUGGCCCCAGAUUAUAUGUAAAAUCGCUUUCGUUUUUAGCUUGUCCAUUUCUUGCAAAAUGGAAGCGUAUCUUGCAUGGCAACCGCUUGAUCAGUCGUUUGAUGCUCUCUGUAAUAUAUAUUUAAAGCCACUGAUUGUCAUUUGAAUAUCAGAAUAAAUAAUGAAUUGUCAUUUUCACAACAUUUGACAUACUUUGCAAAUAUGCCAGCACCACCUACAAGAGUUUAGUGCUAUCUUUUGAUGGGCCUCAUUUUAAUUCCUUUGAAUUCGGUAGAUUAUCGACCAUUGAUAUUUUAUUUUCUCAAUUAAAUGUUAAGUAAUGAAGUUGUGUACAUUUUAGCAUGAAUUUAAGCUGUGAAAUAUACUGGUCUGAAAAAGUCAAAUCACUCUCAGUGACUUCAACUUGUUUAAUUUUAGUCAUCGUUUGCUUGAUAAAGACGAGAGUAUCACUCACGUUAAUAAACCAGUAAUUGUUAUUCCAUAAA